AAUCACAUGGAGUUUCUGUAUCCGUUUUUGCGCUCAUGUAAAUUUCGGUGUGUGCAUGUGGAUGAGUGGGUAGCUCCCGAGUGUCUGGCGUCCACCAUGUUCGUUCUGGUCGAGAUGGUGGACACUGUCCGCAUCCCGCCGUGGAAUUUCCACAGACAACUCAACGAGGCCGUGUCCGAGGAGCUCAACAAGAAACUGGCCAACAAGGUAGUCUACAACGUGGGCCUCUGCAUCUGCUUGUAUGACAUCACAAAACUGGAGGACUCCUAUAUAUUCCCAGGAGAUGGAGCCUCACACACCAAAGUUCAUUUCAGGUACGUCGUUUUUCACCCUUUCCUCGAUGAGAUCCUCAUCGGCAAGAUCAAGUACUGCAGUCAGGAGGGAGUUUACGUGACGAUGGGCUUCUUUGACGACAUUCUCAUUCCACCAGAGUCUCUUCAGCAGCCUGCAAAAUUUGACGAAGCAGAGCAGGUUUGGCUUUGGGAGUAUGAGACAGAUGAGGGUGCCCAUGACCUCUACAUGGACCAAGGAGAGGAGAUCCGUUUUAGGGUGACAGAUGAAGUCUUUGUGGACACGUCGCCAACAGGCCCGGCUGCUGCAGCCUCUGAUACAGCGGCACAACCGGGACAGUCGACCGCACCGCCAAAAGAAGACAGUGGGGAGAAGAAAGAGGCACCAUACACGCUGAUUGGCACCAUCUGUGAGCCGGGGCUGGGGCUGCUGUCAUGGUGGAACAGUUAGCGCUGAGCAUUUGCUGCAUAUGGACAGAUCAACCAUCAUAACUGAUCUGAGACAUGAGGGACCCUCGGCAAAAGACACUGAACCCUACUGUUUGAUACAGAAGUCAUGACACAAGUGCCUGUUUUCCUCCAGCAUGGUGUCUGUGUCGGUGCAGAACCAGUUUUUCCUUGGUGCCUGUUGAGAACCAGCCCACAUUUGACAGGUUUCAGAACAGAUUGUUAUUGUGUUACAUGCAGGUUGGAAGAAUUAUAGAGCAAAUGCUGAACCAAGAUCCUGUCUGUAUACAUGUACCAUCUUUAUUUAUCCAUAUAAUUUAAUAUUAAAUGUAUUUAAUCAGACAGGUGUGACUGAGGUGUCUAGCUCAAUUUUUACCGUUUUUACAAACUGAUGAGAUGCAUUCACAUCAAGCCGCAGAAACUGCAAACACAUGUCACCAGUUUGUCGUGUUGAAAAAGAUGUUCUUUUUAUUUGACACCAACUCCACCUCCAGGUUCUGGUGCACAUGUCCUCAUUUUAUUCAUCAACCUUGUUUUUUUUUUUUCUGUUUCACAAUAAAAAGGCGUUA